UCUUAGUCUGCGCACAUUCUACUUGGCCAGCGUCUCCCGGAGUCCACAGACACAGCGCUGAUUGAACGAGCGGAGGGGAGCGCAUGAUUUAGAGGGGUUUCAUGAGAGAGCGAGAGGCACUAAACCCAUUUCAGCCACGCCUUUCAUCGUGAAUAACCCACAAAGGGGGAGUCACGGUGGAGGAAUCUUCUCAAGUAGACUUGAUUGAGUUUUUCUAAGGAGGUAGUGAUUUUAUUCUGGCAGCAGAGACUCUUUGGGAUUGAGCUGCAGUGAUUUUACGCUCCAUCCAGUUUCAAAUCAAACUUUACGCGGACAUUGUUUCAGAAAUGUUUUGAAGUUGGCAAGGACUCAUCGUGGCACUCCUCGGGAUUUUUAAAAUUGUAUUUGAUUGCUCACCGGAAGAGGAUAUAUAACUUUUUAAAAACGGGUUUAUUUUUUCUGUUUGGAGAGGUGCGGAACGAAGCAAUCAUCUGCGCCGAGCAGGACUGCGCGCACCACGGCGCAGCACGCAGGCUUAAAGGACGGCAGCAUCAAGGUCUAGGUUAUGACUGAGCUGAGCUGAACAUGGAGAUUUUUUGGAUUUUGAUACUUUCCGGUGUCUGUCCUCUCGUUACCGGCCAAGGGGUUUACGCCCCCGCCAAUGCCCAGAUCGUGCACUCCGGUGCUGCGUGCAACGUCAAAGAUGAGAGCAUAAACGAGAGGAUCUACACCAUCAAAGAAGGAGACACAAUGGUGCUGCAGUGUAUUGUUAAAGGACACCCACGGCCACAGGUAAGGUGGACAAAGACGGCUGGCAGUGCUUCAGACAAGUUCCAGGAAACGUCCAUCUACAACGAAACACUGCGGAUCGAGGGCAUCCAGAGAGUGCAGGGCGGCCGCUACUACUGCAAAGCCGACAACGGGGUGGGGGUGGCUGCCAUCAAGUCCAUCCGCGUAGAUGUGCAGUAUCUUGACACGCCUGUCCUGACGGUGCACCAGACCAUUAGCGAUGUGCGAGGCAGUUACUACCAGGAGAAGACGGUGUUCCUGCGCUGCACAGUCAACUCCAACCCGCCAGCGCGGUUUAUCUGGAAACGGGGGAAUACCCUUAUCGAACAAAGCAAGGACAACGGCGUGGACAUUUAUGAACCUCUUUAUACUCAGGGGGAGACCAAGGUGUUGAAGCUGAAAAACCUAAGACCCAAAGACUUUGCAGAUUACACUUGCCAGGUGUCUGUCCGUAAUGUGUGUAACAUUGAAGAUAAGUCUGUCACCUUCAGGCUAACCAAUGCGACAACUCCUCCCAUAAUCAAACUGUCAGUCGAUGACACUGUGGUGGUGGAUCCUGGGCAGGAUGUUGUCCUAACCUGUGAGGUGACAGCUGGCUUCCCCCGGCCCACUGUGACCUGGUCCCGUUACCCAGGUCCUCUUCCCCUCAGCGCCCAAGUCCGCGGGCCGACAUUGGUUCUGCGUGCUGUCACACAGUCUGAUGCCGGCUUCUACAACUGCACAGCCUUUAACAACGUGGGGAACCCGGCUCGCAAGAACGUCAAUCUAGUUGUCAGAACCAUGACCAACCUGACCUUCCAAAUUACACCUGACUCUAAUAAGGACAGCGAGACCAUCCAGAUUGGCCGUGACCUCAAACUCUCCUGCCAUGUUGAUGCCACGCCGCAAGACAAAGUCAACUACACCUGGUACAAGAACGGCGCCCCCAUCUUUAACUCGGAUAAUCUGAUCUUGCUGCGCAGCGAUCCAGAAAUGGAGCCUGGCACCAGCAGCUUAGACAUUGUGGACAUAAAGUUCAGCGACUUGGCCACAUACAGCUGUGUGGUCAACUUCCCGGGAAGCAGGGUGCCGGAGCUUCGUGUCGAUGUCAACAUCUCUCAGAGCAGUGUCACUCCUCCAGUGCUGUCAGUUCCCCCAGGAGGUCAAAUUGUAAGCGUAAGCGAGGGGGGCAACACUGAGCUGGUGUGCCUGGUGGCCGAAGGCAAACCCCGUCCUCCGAUUCUGUGGUCACGGACGGAGAAGGACCUUCUGAUGCCUUCAGGGAUGCCUGUAGUGGAGACGCCCGAUGGUCGCUUGAGGCUAAGGAACGUCAGCCGGGACAUGAUGGGAGGCUAUCGGUGUCAGACUGCUCCAUACAACGGACUCAACAUCAAGCGCAGGGAAGCACAGGUCCAGCUCAAUGUGCAGUACCCUCCCAUUUUGGACCCGGUCCUUCAGGACGUGCGUUCUCGGACCUCUCAGACAGUGACCCUGAAGUGUACGGUUCUGCGGGCAAACCCUACACGCCUAACAGAAAUCCGGUGGUUACGAAACGGAAACUUCAUACGGAUGUCCUUGCCGGGACUGAAGGAAUCACCAGAGCUGAAAUUCAAACUGGAACCAAACAACAGUGACACGUAUGAAUGCAGAAUCAGCAACAGUGCAGGGACGUCCACGUGCACCUUCAAUGUUUCUGCUAAACCCUACAAUGCUGAAUUCUACUUUGACACACCUAACCCUGUGCGCAUUCUGAAGGGUAAUAAUUAUUCCUACAACCUGCAGUGGACGCAAAAAGAUCCACAAGCCACAGAACGCAUCAUCGGGUACUGGCUGAAUGUACGCAAGAAUAAGCAGAAAAUUCUGUCAAAGCAAGUGGACCUGGGGGGCAGAGAGCCAGAGAAAGGUGUCCUGUUGUCCUACACAAUACCAGACCUCAGGAUCCCUCUUUCCUACGAGGUCCGACUGGCUCCCAUCACUGCCUACAGCACUGGGGAUUAUGUCAGCAGAAUCAUCCAGUACUCUGAGCCCUACACCUACCCAAGAUCUUCAGACAAAGUUUGUGGUUUCGAGGAUGAGCGGAUCUGCGGUUUCACUCAAGACCGGACGGAUGUUUUUGACUGGACCAGACAGAAUAACCUUACGCAAAAUCCGAAACGAUCUACCAACACUGGUCCAGAGACCGACCGCAGUGGAACUAAGGAAGGGUAUUACAUGUACAUCGAAGCGUCUCGACCGCGAGCCGAAGGGGACAAAGCCCGACUUCUUUCCCCUCUUUUCAACGUGUCUUCAGUGAAAAGCCCGAAGGGUCCAGUUCCAUACUGCGUCUCCUUCUACUAUCACAUGAAGGGCAAACACAUUGGCACACUCAACGUAUUUCUCAGAAUGGGAAGCUUUACCUCAGCUCUGGACUUACUGAAGUGGACUAAGUCUGGACAUCAAGGUCCAGACUGGAGGAGAGCAGACUUUGACAUCAGCCCAAGUGGACCCUUCCAGAUUGUCUUUGAAGGAAUUCGAGGAUUAAAUUAUGAGGGAGAUAUUGCAAUUGAUGAUGUUUCCAUCACUGUUGGAAAAUGUAAGCGGGAAAACAAUCUAGACAACGCAGUCCUGAUUGGAGGAUCACAGUCUCUCCCACUGGCCAGCUGGCUGACCUUUGGCCUCUCUUGUUUCCUCUCACUCUCAUACAGAUGAUGAGCACUUCCCACUGCUGCACCGCCUGUCUGUGCUGUCAGACACUGCCCUGACCUGCGCUCUUUUACUUCCCUCUCUAACCAUCCCCCUUUUUUCCCUCUUCGUACCUGUUUCCUCACCUGUCUAUCCUCUCGUCCUCGCAUCACUUCAAGUCUUCUGUUUUGAAUAAUUGUCGAGUUUAUCGUCACUUCUUUUUUUUUUUUUUUUUUCUUCCUUUGAGUCGCACAAAUUGUAACUAGCUGACGCUCAUAUCGUAUUUAAGGUUAGUAUGCGUAAGGAUUAGUACAACUUAACCUUUCUCCCUCGUCAUUCUAUAAGAAUCCUCUUAUCUGAUCUGUGUCAGUGUCACCUUUACCUCUGCAACAUCAACCUCCUGCCUCCAUGUGUCCACCCCCUCAUGUACCCGUUAACCCUCCGUCCUCGACAGCUCCGACCCUAUUCCCCGGACACACCAAAGUGUCGGACACUCUACCAAAGAUGAUGGAGAUCAAGAGGAAUCGGGAAUUACACAGAGAGCGUGAAAGGACAGAGGAAACUUCUGAAUUUUUCACCGAGACUGAACCCCUUUUUUUCCCGCCCUUUGAGAUGAUGGGUGUAACUGAAUGGGGGAAUAACGGCGAAUAAAAACUUGAUCGAAUGAAUGAAUGAAGGAAUAGCUGAGUGAUGGGCGCGCCGGAAAUGGGCAUCGAAAGCUGCGUCCCCCAAUGGUCUUUCUGCUUGCCACAAGAGACAAACCUCAACGGGGAUUAUACAUAUUGUUUAUCUCAAUAAUAUAUAUAAAUAUAUAUUAUAUAUAACAAAGUUUAAACUAAAACACAACUAAGACGGGACUUUACUAAGUGAAAAUUAAAGAAGCACAAAGUUUUUACGACCUCUGCUGUUCCCUUGGUGUUUAAUUUACUUAUUGUGUGCCGUUGCAGUUUGUCAGACCUACUCAAUGUUUUUGAUAUUUUUUUUGUUAUGAAAUCUCAAGGGUUAAUGAGUAAUAAAGUAUUAUAUUCAUAUCUAUAAGAUUUAGAGAGGAUGAUUUCCAAUUUAAAGCUGUUUCUGCACCUGGGAGGAAUGUAUUUUUCAUUGCUGAACACAGACACACCUCGGCGUACACAUCACCAGUUCUACCAGCUGGUUCGAAGAAAAUACAAGUGAAGAGUCCGUUUAGUUUCAUUUAUACUCUUACUUUGAAAAUAAAAAAAUGAUUUUGUCAUUUCGGUUCUCAAUUUACUACCUUUACUAUACAAUACGAUUUUCUUUUCUAAUGUAAAUGUCACAUCGAUGUUGAAAGACAAAAAGCACGUUGAAGUGAAUUCUACAACUUUUUGAGUGUCAUGUAUGAAUAUCAUACAAAGUUCAAUGUAGGUUGCAAUAAAUUCUUGAUACCUUAA